AUGACGAUUGGUUGGGGCAACCUGACGGGCGUGGUGAGCUCCAACAUCUACUUUAGCGGGCCGAAAUUCGUGGAGGGCCACGCGGUGGUGUUGGGGUUCCUGACCGUCUUCCUCUUUGGCGGGUCCGCGGUCAUGUUGGCGGCCCUCGCGUUUGAGAAGAGGAAGCGGGCGUCGGGACAGAGGGAUGGAAUCUUGGAAGGGAAGAGCGAGGAGGAGAUUGGUGAACUUGGGGAUAAGCAUCCGGGGUUUGUGUAUACUCUUUGA